CCAACUUCAUAAAAUCUUUUUUCUUUCUUCUCAUCACUCAUAAAAUUAAAACUUCAAUGGGUGAAGAAGCUAGCCUUUUGAUAAUUGUCAUCACACUAGUUGUUAGUUUUGUAAUUGGCAUUACUUUGAACCAUUUUUGGCCUUUGUUCUUCAAUAAUUAUGGUACUACUCUUCAUGUUAUUCCCAAGGGCACUUUUGGAUGGCCUUUACUUGGUGAAACCCUUUCCUUUUUGAAGCCUCAUCCUUCUAAUUCUAUUGGUACUUUCCUUCAACAACAUUGUUCUAGGUAUGGGAAAGUGUUCAAAUCACAUUUAUUUUUCUCUCCAACAGUGGUAUCAUGUGACCAGGACCUUAAUUACUUCAUACUACAAAAUGAAGAUAAGUUAUUUCAGUGUAAUUAUCCAAAGCCCAUCCAUGGUAUUCUUGGAAAAGUUUCAUUGCUUGUGGCUGUUGGUGAUACACACAAAAGGCUUAGGAAUGUUUCAUUAUCACUAAUCAGCACCAUCAAGUCUAAACCUGAGUUUAUUAAUGAUGUGGAAAGAUUAGCACUUCAGAUUCUUCAAUCUUGGAAAGAUAAAGAACAAGUCAGAUUCUGGGAGGAGGCAAGAAAGUUUUCAUUCAAUGUGAUAGUGAAGCAAGUUCUUGGAUUAACUCCAGAUGAUCCACAAAGUGCAACAAUUCUUCAAGAUUUUCUUGCUUUUAUGAGGGGGCUAAUUUCUCUACCACUCUACAUACCUGGAACUCCAUAUGCAAAAGCAGUGCAGGCUAGAAGUAGAAUAUCUUCAACUAUCAAAGCAAUUAUAGAGGAAAGAAGAAGAAAGCAUGUUGAUGAUGGUGAUAGUAAAAAGAAUGAUUUUCUAGAGAUACUUCUUUGUGUUGAUACCUUAUCUGAAGAGGAAAAAGUUAGCUUUGUUCUUGAUUCUCUACUUGGUGGUUAUGAGACUACUUCCCUCCUAAUGGCUAUGGCCGUAUUUUUUAUUGGUCAAUCACAAAUUGCUCUCGAUCAACUUAAGGAAGAGCAUGAUAACAUACGAAGCACGAAGGAAAAGGAGUUAUUGAAUUGGGAAGAUUACCAAAAGAUGGACUUCACUCAAAAGGUAAUAAAUGAAGCUCUCAGAUAUGGGAAUGUUGUCAAAUUUGUGCACCGAAAGGCGCUUAAAGAUGUCAAAUUUAAAGAUUAUGUGAUUCCAGCGGGUUGGAAGGUCCUACCAGUAUUCAGUGCAGUUCAUUUGGACCCAUCAGUUCAUCCCAAUGCCCUACAGUUCAAUCCUUGGAGAUGGGAGAGCGAUGAGCAAAUAAGUAAGAAAUUGACUCCUUUUGGGGGAGGAUCAAGGUGUUGUCCUGGAUUUGAACUUGCAAAGGUUGAAGUAGCCUUCUUCCUCCACCAUCUCGUACAAAACUACAGAUGGGAGGUAGAAGAAGGAGAACAACCCAUUGCUUAUCCAUAUGUGGAGUUCAAAAAUGGUUUAACAAUCAGACUUCAUCAAAAUUCUACUCAAUAAAUUAUGAAGAAAAUUACAAUGCUAUGUCAUUAGUAUAUACUUAUGAAGAUCUAUUCCUUCACAUAUCUGUUUUCCCUAGUACAGAAAGAAAACAUUUCCUUUUUUUCUUUUCUUUUUGUGUAUGUAUACAUAAUUCCAAGGAGAAAUAACAAUAAUUAUUCUGCAGUUUCUUCAUUUUC